CCUACACAUUUUUUACUUAGAGAAUUCAAUAUUUUAAAUAAGUAUUAAACCAAAUAAUUAGCGUCCAUAUUAAUCCGCGAGUCGCUCGCUGGUUUCAUCCUCUCAGAGGAAUAUAGUCCUCCGUUUCACAACAUUAAUUUACAAAACACUAAAAAAUUAGGCGAUAGGGGUAAUAUUCAUGUUUCCUUGCCAAUAGGUAAACCUUAAGAUAAACCGUGGUACAUUAUAAAUUAAAAGCGAACACGCGUUUCCUCACUCGUCUUUUCCCCUUGACGGAUAAAUGAGUUCCGGCCAGCUAUGAGGACAGGAAGCGAGGAGACGCUGAUGGCGCCCGACUAGAAAACACUAGCAACUAAUCGCUUUCGAACACCUAAUUUAUUUCGCCUCAUUCGCGAACGAGAGGAGCAAACAGUCGUCCAUCUACGGUAAGAAAAUUUCCUAGCUCUAAAUAGUGGGGCAAGUUAUUUAUAUAUACAAUUUGUUGCAUGGUGGGCAAAAGAAAACAUUCGGGCAGGCUGGCUGCUCCCUGCCCGUGUAGGCCCUCGAGGUCCCCGAGUCGUUCUUCAUAUCGCCUGAGCGGAAAAAAUAAUCCGAGAGCGGCGGGAGGGAAAAUGGCGCUGCGCAAGCAGGCAGGAGAAAGGGCAGCACAUACACACGCAUUUAUAGAGGGAUUGAAGCAAGCAAACAGUAGCCACUCAGUGCUGUGAAUAAUUACGUGUUUUAAAAUUAAAUGUAGUUAUAUUUUCUUCCCUUCAAAUUGUUGUAAAAGACGUUUGGUGGUAUUAAUGUUGGACAAUGACCCAAGCCGUGUACAAGCGGUUGUCCAUGAGAAGUUUGUGCUGGGAGAAAUGCCCAAAUCCUAGCUAUAUAAUGUGAGGUGUUGUGGUGGGGUGGGAUUAACAGUGUUUCACUGGGUGAAAUACAAAUGGUUUAGAUGACGUUUUAUUGUUUAUUAAGUGCAUUUAACGCAAAGUCCACGUUGUUGUCGGGCUGUUGUUCUGAGGACACUUUCUCACAGAGCAGAGAUGGACUCGGAGGACAUGGAGGUGGAGAGCAGCAGUGAUGUGGGACAUUCUGGGAUGGAGGAGCCGUCAGAAAGUGGCAUGGGCAUGGAGUCUUCAGAGGCCAUGUCUGCUGAUAGCAGUGAUGCGGCUGCUCCUGCCCAGGCCCCAGAAUCAGAUUGUCAUGUAGGACAGAGUUCUGAGGGACUUGUGGUUUUUAUACCAGAGACCAGCUCAAGCACAGAUGUGCGAAGAGUUCAUCUCCCAGACUCUUCCUCUGUCGCCCAAUCAACCAGUGUUUCUAGCGUCUCCACGGUGACACAAUCAGUCCUGGUGUCGGAGUCUGUCCAGGUCCUGGUGCAUUCCAGUGCUGUGUCUGAAGGAGGAAUGAUGAUUUCUGAUUCCACUGCUUCCACCUCCUCAGAUCUUGGCUCAGCUAUUGACAAGAUCAUCGAAUCCACAAUUGGACCUGACAUUAUGAAUGGAUGUAUUGCCGUUACGAGUGCAGAAGAUGGCAGCGCAGUGACAACGCAGUAUGUGAUACUUCAAGGACCUGAUGAUGGAGCACCAGUGGUUCCUCAGAUGUCUUCCUCUGCACUGUCGAGUCGCAUUGCCAUUGAAGCUCUUGCUGAUGGACCCACCUCCACGUGCCAGGAUCAAGCAGACCUAUCAGAUAACCCGCAGGGCAGCGUGGAACCCGACCAGCCUGGACACUCUGGUUACCGUGGACAUGAAGACGGCAGCAGUAGCAGCCAUCCAGACCAGACCCAGCACUCCCAGUACAUUGAGUGCGGUGAAGGAGAUGACUCAGACCAGACCAGAGAGGCUCGAUGCAUUGAGUGCUCAGGAGCAGAACCAGACCCAACCCCACGUCAUUCUGGGGUCACGAACUACAGCGUGGCCGAGUGCAGUGGUACGAAUUCUAGCCCUCAGAGAUGGCCGUUUUGUUCCUCACGCUACGUUGUGGAAUGCAGUGAUGGGUACUUGGAGUGCAGAGCAGAAGGGACGGAGCAGACAGAGCAUUCCCGUUACAUCGACAGCAGCGUGGAUGACAGGGAGCGCGUCUCGGCCUCAGAGCAGGAAGGGAGUGUGGCAGAGGAGCCCCAACAUUUGUACAUGCUGCAGGACGCACCAUAUGCAGAUGAGGGUGCUGUUCGCCACUCACUGGCUGACACAGUGGGUUCGCAGCUCGCUGAUCAAAUGGACUGCAGUGACAGUUUGCCUGGACCAUUCAUAAGUAGCAGCGGGAACUAUUCUACCCAACCAGAGCCUGAGGUGGUGGAGUCUGGGGUGGUGGCUGAACCAGAGCACAGAACCCCAGAUAUGGCAGAGCUGGAGGAAAUGAUGGAGGUGGUGAUUGUACAGCAGUUUAAGUGUAAGAUGUGCCCAUAUAAAAGUGUCUCCAAGGAUACGCUCAUCAACCACAUGAGGGACAGACAUUUUAAACCACCAGGUGCUCCACCCCCCAAAAAACGUGGCCGGGGUCGUCCACGAAAAUCUGAAACUAAAGAGCGACCCGUUUCUGAGGUCAAGAAGGAAGAGCCACCUGAAGAAGAUGAUGAUGACAUCAUUGAUGCAGGUGCCAUUGAUGAUCUUGAAGGCGACAGUGAUUAUAAGCCAGCUGAUGAAGAGGCUAGGCCCAGAUCAGCUGCCAGUCAUAGCACACCUCCUCCUCCUCCGUGUUCUUCCUCAUCUUUCACUACCUUGCGUAAACGGCCCAGAAGAAUGGUGGGCCCACCCCGCAAAUUCCUUUUCUCCCAAAGUUACUCAGAAGCACCAGCAUUGUCUCAGACGAACUAUCCAGGUGACCCUCAAGCUCCUGAAGAGGCAAGCUCCUCUGGAUUGGAGAGCAGAACUUCCACAUUAUCCAAUGGGAGUACAGCGGAGCCAGGCAUCAGCCAAUCAGAUUCAGAGAACAAAGAUCCCUCAUCAAACACUGGCCCUGAUGACGUAGAGUUUUUGCCAAGGAAAAGAGGACGGCCUUCCAAACGCUUCCUUCAGAAGAAGUACAAAAAGUACAUGAAUCGCAAUAAGUACUACAGAUCCCUGAAGCCUCUACUAAGGCCUCAUAAUUGCUGGAUCUGUGGCUCCCGUUUUCUUUCGCAAGAAGAUCUCCGUUUCCAUGUGGAUUCUCAUGAAGGAAAUGACCCUGAACGCUUCAAGUGUCUGCAGUGUAGCUACCGCUGUAAACGUUGGUCCUCACUCAAAGAGCACAUGUUCAAUCAUGAAGGUACGAAACCUUAUAAGUGUGAGUCAUGUGAUUACUCCAGUGUUUAUAAGAAAGACGUCAUCCGGCAUUCGGCUGUCCACAACAAAAGCAAGAGUCGGAAGACAGAUAUGUCCUACGUUAAUCCUUCACAGGUUCCCAAAGUGUCAGAGUUUCCGUGUCCCAUCUGCCACCGUGUGUACCCCAUGCAGAAACGCCUCACGCAGCACAUGAAGACACACAGCACGGAGAAGCCUCACAUGUGUGACAAGUGUGGGAAAUCCUUCAAGAAACGCUACACUUUCAAAAUGCAUCUUCUCACACACAUACAAAACUGCGGCAACAGCUUGUUUAAGUGUGAGUUCUGUGAAAUAACCUGCAAUGACAAGAAAAACUUGCUCAAUCAUCAGCUAUCCCACACCAAUGACAAACCUUUCAAAUGUGAAGAUUGCAAAUAUUCUACGAGUAAAGAGGAUUUCCUGGUGUCCCACAUUGCCAUUAAACAUACGGGUGAAAAGCCCUUCUCCUGUGACAUGUGCCACUUCACGACCCGACACAGGAAGAACCUUCGGCUGCAUGUGCAGUGUCGUCACCCUGAGGCCUUCGAGGAGUGGAGUCAUUUGCACCCUGAGGAGCCCAUCCGUCGCCGCCAGAAACCUGUUUUCACCUCACAGCAGAUUGAAGAGCUUAGGUUGCAGCAUGAGACGCAGGGACUUCAGGGUACAAUUGUGUCAGUGGACCCCAUCACUCUCCAAACCAUGGAGUCCAUGGGGAACACCUCUAUAUCACAAGAUGCCCUGGGAAACACUACCAUCAUUUACGAGCAAGCCCAGACUGCAGACCUCUCAGCCCAGAAUGCCCUAGACCUGCUGCUGAACAUGAGUAAUGCAAGAGAACUGCAGGUGGCGGUGCUGAAAACAGAUGGUAAGACUCUGGAGAAUGGGUCUUGGCCUGGAGCUGGCUCUGGGGGUCAACCUCAAAAGAUUGUGACCUUCCAUGUGUCAGAGAACGGAGAUACUCUGGUGCAGGAGGCGUUUGAGACAGCUACAGGAACCGUGGAGCAAGAAGAGGCUACUGGUGUGUCACAGGAAGUGGCAGAGAUUGGCAUCAGUACAUACGAGGGAGAAGAUUUCAGUGUGGUGGAACAGGCUGCGGAGGAAAUUCCUGCCACUGGAACAACACACAGUUUAGAGGAGCCCUCAGCAGAGCCUCAGUUGAUGGAAGUGAGCACCGAGCCCUUGUCCAUCUCUACAUCUCUGAAAGAGAGUAAAGAGAAGUUUUACCUGAGCUCAGGUCUCACGGAUGGAGUCCUGCAGCAGGUGGAGCUGAGCAGUGAAGCUCCAGGCUCCCCUUCUCUGUGUCCAUCACCCUCUUCUCAACAGUUCAACAACAAACGCUUCUCCUGCCGGAUCUGCAUGGAAGCUUUCCAUGGCCGCUCAGACAUGGAGAACCACAAGAGGGCGCACUUAGACCCCAAAACGUUUAAAUGCCCCGACUGUGACUUCACAGCACCUUCCUGGCCAGAGGUCAAGUCUCACAUGGCCAUGCACGCUUAUUUGAGGCCUCAUAAAUGCACCAGCUGCAGUUUUGCCUCUAAGAACAAGAAAGACCUGAGACGCCACAUGAUGACACACACCAACGAGAAGCCUUUCGCUUGUCAGGUCUGCGGACAAAGGUUCAACCGUAAUGGCCAUCUGAAGUUCCAUAUGGAGAGGCUUCACACUCAGGAGGCCUCGCCCCGUAAAAGCCGCUCUGUCCCCUCUCAACAGACCAUCAUUGUUAACAGCGAUGAAGAGGCUUUAGCCACACUGCAGACGGGUCAGGCAGUGAUCAGUCCAGAGAGGUUGCAGCAGGCUUUGGGUCAGGAGCACAUCAUUGUGACCCAGGAUCAGACUCUUUCUGACCAGGAGGAGGCGACAUAUAUUCAGCAGAUCACAACAGUUGAUGGACAGACGGUACAGCACUUAAUGACUGGAGAUAAUCAGGUCACUGAGGUCCAGUACAUCAUCUCCCAGGACGGAGUUCAGCACUUAAUCCCACGGGAAUAUGUGGUAGUAUCUGAUGGCAACCACAUUCAGAUGGAGGAUGGAGAGAUCGCUCACAUUCAUUAUGAACACGAUGGGACGUUUCUGCAGGAGCAGCAGAUUGAUGGACAGAUCCAGUAUGUUCCCAUCACUGCCGAGCAACAGAUUGUCACCCCUGAGGACCUGGAGGCUGCCGCCCAUUCCGCUGUCACCGCUGUUGCAGAUGCAGCCAUGGCUCAGGCGCAGACAGUUUACACAGAGGCCACACCUGAACAACUAGAACAGCUGCAGCAACAGGGCAUCCAAUAUGAUGUCAUAACAUUUACUGAGGAAUAGAAAAUAAAUACACUCUGAUUUUGAACACCAACACACACACAGAAUUUUGCGGCUCGUGGCUGCUCCAUAUGACUGCAGUGGACAUCACAGACAAUGAUGAUCAUCAAUCAGACCGAGAUGUUCCACAGACUCAAAUUAUCUUCUGCCAGAAUUGUCCAGUAAGAGGGUGAAUGUACUGUUAGAUGCACUCUACAAAUUAUACAAAUCAUGCCUUUAUAUUUAUAUAUCAUAUUUAAAAUGAUUUAUCUUUGCGCGCCUACAGUGUGUUUCCCUUGUAAAGAUAAAGAAAAAAGAAAACAGUGCAACCUGUAUAGAGAAUUCUGUAUUUAAUUCUGUGUUGCUGUGGUGUACUACCAUGGAUGCUACUUCUACUGUUCCUCUGAUUUAGACAGAAUUGGAAUUGCACAAGUGUGUAAAAAGUAUUGGACGAUUGAUAUAUCUUGUUUUCAUAUGGUUCCUAGCUGUAGCUAAAAUAAAGGUGGGUUUAUUUUCAUUUUACAUGAAACACUGUUUCGUCUUUAGCUUCUUCAGUUUUAAAAAGACUUUUACUUUGUCUAUAAAGAUGCCUGCAGAAAUUAACUUAAAGUGCAUACCAAAUAAAUCAUGUCUUCUUUAUCUGAACUUUA